AUGAUUUCGUCUGCGGCUGAAGACAUAAACGGUGAGCUGCUUCUACUCGAAAGCCAUUUUCCUGCUGAAUCAAAUCUCGACACCAUCAUCUCCGAACUCUCAGAAUCCUUCGACAAGGCCAAGCACAGCCGCGACGCCAACGCCGCCCUCCUCUCGCAGUACGCAAACGCCAUUUCCCUCAUGCUCAAGCAGUUCCACGAAUACAAGUCCAAACACGUCGCCGACGUCGCCGCCUGGCAUCGCUCUUACCGCGCACAGCUCGACGAGGCCCGUCGCGAGAACAGCCGGCUGCGCGAGCAGAUCUGGGAGAUGCAGACCCACGCCGGCCGCGCAAACGAGUCGCUGCGCAAGUUUCGACGCAAGUACGACGAGGACGAGGAGAGGUUUGCGAAGCGCGUGGACGAUACUGCGCUGCGGCAGGAACUGCGUUUCUGGAAGCGCAUGGCGAUGCCGGAGCUGGAAGACGAUGAUCCGUACUGGAGCGGGGAUGAUGAUAUCAUUGACGAGGCCGAGAAGGAGAGGCUGAGAGAGCUGGAACUGCGGGCGGCGCAGGAGCAGCACAUGGUUGACAGUCAAGGCGAAGACAGCGAUGAGCAGCAUCACCUGUCGUCUAUGGGCAUGAUGGGUGGGAUUGCCAUGCAGAGGGAAGACUCAAACGGCCAGACACUGCCCAUACCGCCUCCUCGGCCUCUCAGCGCGGCGUCCAGUACGGGUUCAACGGGCAGAUGA